AUGCGUCUUUUUGGAAUUCUCGCCGUCUUGGUGUCUCUUGCAUCAUGCUUCACCAACCCUAUCCGGCGGCCUACAGGCUCCGACCCGUUCAUCACUUGGUCCGGAGACGGGUACUAUUACCUGUUGACGACCACAUGGACCACAGUUGAGAUUGCUCGGGCCACGACCAUCGAUGGCCUGAAGUCGGCCUCGCGAAAGGUCAUUUACCAGUCCUCAGAGUCGUCGCGAUGCUGCAACGUCUGGGCGCCCGAGGUUCACUGGCUGGGCAACAGGUGGUAUGUCUACUUCACGGCGGGCAACGGUAACAACCUCGACGGGCAACGGAUGCACGUUCUGCGUGGAGGAACGACACCCUGGGACUCUUACACGUACGUCGGGAGGAUUGGCCCAGAUCAGUGGAACAUCGACGGGUCGAUCCUACGGACUAGCAACUUCGGGAAUUUCUUCGUCUCCAGCUGCUUCAACGGCGCAACGUACCAGUCCAUCUGCAUCCAAGCCCUCGGCAGCGACUACGUGUCGACGACCGGGUCGGUGUCCCUCAUCUCACAACCGACCCAAUCAUGGGAGAGGGUGUCGCAUCCAGUCAACGAGGGCCCGGCAGCCUUGUACUUUGGCGGCAAGACCUACCUUGCGUACUCGGCCUCGUACUGCUGGUCGGGGAGCUACUGCGUCGGCCUGCUGACAUGGGACGAGGUGACAAACCCGACGAACGCGGGCGCGUGGACCAAGAGCAGCGGAUGCGUGCUGAGCUCGGCCAACGGCAACUAUGGCACCGGGCACAACAGCUUCUUCCAGAGUCCCAACGGGCAAGAGACGUGGAUUGCGUUUCACGCUACGACCACGUCCGGCGGAGCCUGCGACGAUACUCGCUACACCAUGGUGCAGCCUCUCAGCGCCAACAGCAACGGGAGCCCCAACUUCGGAAGGCCUGCAUCCUUCUCGACAUCGUUCAACGAGCCGAGCAAAUGA